AUGGCUAAUAUAGUCUCGCGCAGUCGUGUCUCGCGUAUAUUAUUCGUCUGCCUUGACAAAGGUGAUUCAACAGAUAAUGAGGACAAAAAACAUCAAGAUAUGCCGGAAGAUUUACGCAAGAAUUAUAUUAUAACAACGGUAUCAAAUUAUUUUGCUGUUGAUCAUGAUAGUUUAUCAAAUUUAUUUGAUCAUCGUUCAUUAAGCAACUUUCUUGAUGAUGCUAAUUGUGCAAUAUUAUGUGCUUAUCGUGGAAAACAAAUUGAUCUUUCAAAUGAAAUUAAACUAACGGAUGGUAAUCAAUGUUUAGUUUUAUUCAAAUUUCGUCCGGAAAUUAUUACACCUGAUAAUUUAUAUACAAACAUAUUUUUAUCAUCAAUGAUUGAUUCACCUAUUGAAUCACUUUAUCAUAUUAUUAAAGAUGUAUUUGCACCCGCUCUGAGAGAUAAACGUUAUGCGGAUACAAUUGAUUCACAUUUACAAAAUUCACUUGGCAAUUUAGAAAACGGUCUUGGGAAUGUAUUACGUUCCACAUCUACUUCUUCGAGCAAGAAAGGAUCCAAUUUCUCUAGUAUACUACGUCCAAGUGAAGAAAUGCGCUAUUGGUCUGAAAUGGCAUCGUCUACUGGACAAAAAGCAAAAGAUAAUGAACGCGCCGCACAUUUUGCUAAAUUGUUUGAACCAAUACGUAAAUCAUAUGAAAAUUUGGAUACAUUAAGUUUAGUUGAACUAUUGGAUGUUGUUGAGCAAACACAAGAUGUUUAUGAUGAAAUAUGGCAACAAUUAGAUUAUGAUGAAUAUCCAGAAGCAAGAAUGAAACAUUUGUUAACUAUUACAUCAAAUGCGCUCAUUCAAGCUGUUCAAAAACAAUUAUCAACUCUUGAUCUUUGGCAAGAUCAAAAAAAUUUUGUACAGAUGAAAGAACAAUUAAGAAAUGGUGCGAAUGUUUGUGAACGUUGGGCAUAUGCAACACAAACAUUAACAAACAAACACUGGAGAGCAUUUCCACAUCAUCCAUGGAAAGGUGAACCAUUUCAAGCCGAUUUUCUAACACAAUUCAAUAAACGAUUAUACGAAAUCAUUAGUGUUCGUUCAUCAUAUGAACAAAGUAUUCGAUUUAGUUCACAACCGGAUGGUUUGCCACCCGCUAAAGCAUAUUCUUCAUUCAGCGGUCUAAAUCCAAUUCAAUAUAAUCCAUAUACAGAGCCAUUAUGGCGGGCGGCUGUUUCACAGUUUGAACGUGUCAUGCAACCCACUGAUCGUGAGGUGGCCAAAAAAUUAAAAGAGCAUUUUCAAAAAAUACGAUCAAAUCCACAACAAAUGUUGAGAGAUUUUACACGUUUUUGUGAUUUAAUUAAACGUGAACAAAUUAGAAAAGAAUUGACAUCAGAAAGAGAAUUACUUCUAGGACAAUUAGAAAGUUAUGUUCGUAAUUUAAAUGAAGAAUUUAAUAAUUUAUGUAACGGAAGACGAAAACCGCCCAUGGGCGUCAAUCAAACAGAAAUUGUUGGUGCCAUCGUAUAUGUUAAACAAAUUGAAGCAAAAAUCGAUGAAGUAUUAAAAACCGGUGAAAUGUUAUUAGGUGAUUUAUCCGGCUAUCAACGUUUAUCAACAUUGACAAUAACUUUAAAAAAAGAAUUAACAAAUUGGAGAAAAGAUAAAUACAAAGAAUGGUGUCAAGAUACAAGUCGUGCAAUUGAUGAUCCACAAGAAAAAUUGAGUUUAGAAACAAGCGGUCGUCUAAUGGAACUUGAUCAAAAAGAUGGUAAACUAUGUGUAUUAUAUGGUGAUCGUUUAGUGACUUUAUUACGUGAAGUUCGUCAACUGUCAGCACUUAGCUACGAAGUACCAUCCAAAAUUAGUAAAUGUGUGGCAAUUGGUGAAAAAUUUUUUAAACAUGGUCUCGUACUAAAACAGGUUGCUCAUUUCUAUAAUACAAUUGAUACACAAAUGUUACCAUCUCAACAAUCGAUGAUGUUAGAUUUGGCCAAAAAUUUUGAAAAACUUGUUAAAGAUCCAAAAGUAUCACGUGGACGUGGAGGUGGUGACGGUGUACAAAUUACUUGGGAUAAUCCAGAACAAUUAGAACGUUAUAUUCAAACAUUGCAGAGUGCUGCAGAAAAAUUAAGUACAGAAAAUCGUAAAUUACGUAAACAACAUACACAAAUAACAGAAAUUGUUUGUAAUAUGAUGAAUAUUGAUUUAUUGAGACAACAACAAAAAUGGAAAGAUCAAGUACAAGAUAUAAGAAAAAUUAUGGAUGAUAUAACAUCACAAGGUUAUACAACUGAAAAUAUGAAACCAUGGCGUUCAUAUUGGGAUAGACAAUUGUACAAAGCAUUAGAAGUACAAUAUGUUAUUGGAUUAGAAUCAUUAAAUGAAAAUUUACCAGAAAUUAAGGUUGAUCUUGUAUUUCGUCAAAAAACAAUUCAAUAUAGUCCAUCAAUUGAAGAUAUUAAAUCAAAAUAUUAUCGUGAAAUGAAACGUUUUCUAUCUAUACCAUUAAAUUUUAAAGGUUGUAGUGAUCAAACAAGUGGAAAAAAUUUAAUAUUUCAAAGUAUAAUGGCACGUUAUUCUCAACAAAUUAUCAGUUGUUUUUAUAAAUCAAAUGAAUUAUUUGCUAGAUUAGAGUUUGGUAUUGAUCAAUUUAAAGAAUGGGUUGUUAUUGGCCAAUUGGAUAUUGAUCAAUUAGUUGAAAAUAAUCUUCAAGAUGUUUCCGAUUGGGAAAGAAAUUUUAAAGCUUUAAAAAUUCGUGGUCGUGAUGCUGAAAAAUUACCAAAUCAAGUGAAAUAUGAUUGUUUUACUGUAAAUACGAGUCCAUUGAAAGCAUCAAUUGAAGAUCAUUUACAACGAUUAUUUGAUGCAAUGUUAAAUCAUUUAAAACGUGCUAUUGUUAAAGAUAUACAAUCAAUUGAUACAUUUGUUAAUGAAGGUUUAGAAUCAUUACAGGGACGACCACAAACACAUGAAGAAAUUGGAAAUGCCUAUAAAAGACAUGAAGAAUUAAAUGCUAAACGAAGAGAUGUUUUACCUUUGUAUGAAAAAGUUGAAUCAAAAAAUAAACUAUUACGUUCAGUGGCUGGUGGUGGUCAUGAACAAUUAGUUCAAUUACAAAUGAAAAUUGAUAAAUUUGAAACAAUGAUGGAUUCACAUCAACAAAUGAUACAAGAACAAAAAGAUGUAUUAAAAAAAAAUUUACAAUCACGAUAUGAAACAUUUUUAAAAGAAAGUGAUAAAUUAAAAUCACGUUGGCAACAAUUUCGACCGAAAGAACAUGAUAUGGAAGAUGAACGAAAAUGUACUGAAUCAUUGAAAUUAGUACGCGAAAAAGAGAAAGAAAUGCAAGAGAUGAUAAAACAAAAAGAAAAAUUAAUUGAAGAAUUUAAAAUGUUUGGUUUGGAUGAGCCCAGUUUUCAAGAUUUAGACGAGGUAACAACGGAUAUAAAUCGAAUAAAAAAUGUUUGGGGAAUAUAUGAAGAAUUUCAACAAGAAUUAAAUGAAUUAACAAAAGAAGAUUGGAUUACAUUUCGUAGUAAAACUUAUCGUUUUGAUGAAUUUUUACAAAAUUGGCAAGAAAAAUUGAAAAAACUCAGUCAAGAUGAAAAAACAAAUGAUACAACAUCAUCAAGAGGAAAACAAAAAGGUGGUAGUAGUACACAAUCAUCAUCAACAAGUACAAUGCAUAUGAGAAUUCAACAAGAUAUUGAUUUAUAUAAAGAAGUUAGUCCACUUUUUAAAUGGGUAAGAGGUGAAGCUUUAUCACCUGAUCAUUGGCUCGAUUUAUUUCGUAUAUUAAAAAUGCCUCGUGGUACAACUAUUGAAAAAUUAACAUUUGGAGAUAUAUUAAAAUCAAAACAAGAAAUAAUAUCUAAUGCUGAAGCUGUUAAGGAUUUAAAUGCUCGAGCACAAGCUGAACAUACUAUUCGUGAAGCAUUACAUGAAUUAGAUGUAUGGGGUACGAGUGCUCAAUUUUCUCUAACCGAUUAUCAGGAUACUAGACAACAAAAAUUACAAAUAAUUAAAGAUUGGAAAGAUUUAUUUACACAAAUUGGAGAUAAUCAAAGUUUAUUAUCAUCGUUAAAAGAUUCACAAUAUUAUAAAAAUUUUGAAGAUAAAGCACAAGUAUGGGAACAACGUUUAGGAAUUUUAGAUGAAUGUUUACAUCAUCUAAAUCAAAUACAACGAAAAUGGGUCUAUUUGGAACCAAUAUUUGGUAGAGGUGCAUUACCAAAAGAACAAGCACGUUUUAAAACUGUGGAUAAAGAUUUUCGUGAUAUUAUGAGUGAUAUAUCGAAAGAUUCUCGUCUUGUACAAUUAGCACAACGAAAAGAUUUAUCGAUGAUAUUGAAAACAAUGUUGGAUCAAUUAGGCAGAUGUCAAAAAGCGUUAAAUGAACUUCUAGAAGAAAAACGAUCGAUAUUUCCAAGAUUUUAUUUUAUUGGUGAUGAUGAUUUAUUAGAAAUACUUGGACAAGCGACAAAUCCAAAUGUAAUUCAAUCACAUUUGAAAAAACUAUUUGCUGGUAUCCAUUCUGUCCGAUUUGAUGAUCAAAAUCAACAUAUAUUAGCGAUGCGCUCGCUCGAUGGUGAAAUUGUUCCAUUAUCAACUAAAAUUCGUAUAACAACAUCUGUUGAAGAAUGGUUGAACGAAUUAUCAAAAGAAAUGAUUAGUACAUUACAAAAAUUAUUGGUUAAUGCAUUAAACGAUUCAAAGAAACAGCUUGGACAAAUACCAAUUGAAAAAUAUCCAUCACAAAUAUCUUGUCUUGCUGAAUUGAUUUUAUUUACGGAAAAAUGUGAAGAAGCAAUUCGUAGUGGUCAAUUAGAUAAAUGUUUGAGCGAUGUUCAACAAAUAUUGGAAAAAUAUACAAAUGUUCAUAUAAAUACAGAUACAAUCGAAGGUGUUGUGAUGGAUCUAAAAUAUAAAGCAUUAAUUAUGGAUACUAUACACAAUAUGGAUGUUGUAAAACAAUUAAGAGAUUCAAGAGUGAGAAAUUUAUUCGAUUGGCUAUGGCAAAAACAAUUGAGGUUUUAUUUGGAAAAUAACAAGGCUAUAAUGCGUAUGGUGGAUGCUCAAUUUAACUAUACAUACGAAUAUCAAGGAAAUGCACCGAAAUUAGUUCACACCCCCUUAACAGAUAAAUGUUAUUUAACAUUAACGCAGGGUAUGCACAUGGGUUUUGGUGGAAAUCCUUAUGGUCCAGCAGGCACUGGAAAAACUGAAUCUGUGAAAGCAUUGGGGUCAACCUUUGGACGACAAGUACUCGUAUUCAAUUGUGAUGAAGGUAUUGAUGUCAAAUCGAUUGGUCGAAUAUUUAUUGGUAUUUGCAAAUGUGAUGCUUGGGGUUGUUUUGAUGAGUUUAAUCGUUUGGAUGAAGCUGUGUUAUCUGCUGUAUCAAUGCAAAUUCAAGUGAUACAAGAUGCAUUAAAAAGUGGUUCAUCAUCGUUAACAUUGUUAGAUCGUAAAAUUAAUAUCAAUCCAAAUUCGGGAAUAUUUGUAACCCUAAAUCCAGCUGGUAAAGGAUAUGGUGGUCGUUCAAAAUUACCGGAUAAUCUUAAACAAUUAUUUCGACCUGUGGCAAUGUCAAAACCAAAUAAUGAAUUAAUUGCUGAAGUUAUAUUAUAUUCUGAUGGUUUUAAACAAGCAAAUAUAUUGGCAAGAAAAUUAGUGGCACUAUUUAAUUUAUGUAAAGAAUUAUUGACUACACAACAACAUUAUGAUUGGGGUCUACGAGCAUUAAAAACUGUUUUGAAAGGAUGUGGAACAUUAUUAAAAAAUGCCAGAGCAAAUAAAGUUGAUGUGUCAUCUCAGCUUGAAUUACAAUUAGUUGUUCAAGCGGCGCGCAUAAACACAUUGUCAAAAUUGACGUUUGGUGAUUGUAAACGUUUUGAUGCAUUGUUACAAGACAUAUUUCCAGGAGUAUUACUGAAAGAUAUCGAGUAUGAAACAUUACGUCUAGCAUUAAACGAAGUUUAUAAUGAACAUCAUUUAUUAUCAAAUGAUAUGCAGAUUCGUAAAGCUCUUGAAUUAUAUGAACAACUUCGUCAACGAAUGGGAGUAGUGAUUGUGGGACCAAGUGGAUCAGGUAAAUCCGUUUUAUGGAGUAUGUUACGUUAUGCAUUACAAAAAAUCGGACAAAGUGUAAAAACCUACGUAAUGAAUCCAAAAUCGAUGCCACGUACUCAAUUACUUGGACAUAUUGAUAUUGAUACAAGAGAAUGGUCUGAUGGAGUUUUAACAGCUGCAUCACGAGCAGUUGUCAAAGAACCAUUAGAAAUUAAUUCAUGGAUUGUGUGCGACGGUGAUGUUGAUCCAGAAUGGGUUGAAUCAUUGAAUUCUGUUUUGGAUGAUAAUCGUCUAUUAACAAUGCCGAGUGGUGAACGUAUUCAAUUUGGACCGAAUAUUAAUUUUCUAUUUGAAACACAUGAUUUAAGUUGUGCAUCGCCAGCAACAAUAUCGAGAAUGGGAAUGAUAUUUCUUAGUGAUGAAGAUACAGAUGUUAAAGCUGUUGUACAAUCAUGGUUAGCCAAAGAACCAGAUGAUACACGAACCAUGACCGAACAAUUUAUCAACGAUUAUUUUUAUGAAGCAUUCAAUUGGGUUACCAAACAGGGUGAUUAUGUUGUUGAUACAACAUUGAUUGGUACUGUAUUAAAUGGAUUAUCUCAUUUGCAUGGUGUCAAAGAAAGAUCACUAUUUACUAUUGGACUAAUACGUGGACUUGGUGGAAAUCUUGGUGAAAAAUCGAAAGAAACAUUUGCACGUGAAGUGUUUAAAAUAAUGGGUGAACAUGCUCCAGAUCCAAAUAACAUAUUAUCUGUAGCUUACGAUGAAAAAACAAAGAGUUUAAUUAGUUAUGCUAAUGAAGAAAAAUAUGAUUUGACACCAGAAAAUUUUACAAAUUCAUUCAAUUUACCUGUUAUUCGUACAGUCGAUAUUCAACGUUAUCUCGAUUAUUUUCUACCAUGGUUGGAUUCCAAACAUCGCAAACCAUUUCUAGUUGUUGGACCUGAUGGAUGUGGCAAAGGAACCUUAUUACGUUAUUGUUUUCGUCAGCUACGUUCAACUCAAGUAGCCAUACUUCAUUGUAGUGCUCAAACAUCACCAAUUCAUGUAUUACAAAAAUUGAAUCAAUCAUGUAUCCAAGUUUCAUCGAUUAAUGGACGAACAUAUAAACCAAAGGAUUGUGAAAAUUUAAUACUUUAUAUGAAAGAUAUUAAUUUACCAAAACCAGACAAAUGGGGUACAAGUCAAUUAAUUGCAUUUUUACAACAGAUUUUAACCUAUAACGGAUUUUAUGAUGAAAAUUUGGAAUUUGUUGGUUUAGAUAAUAUUCAAAUUGUUGGUAGUAUGAAUGCAUUAAAUACGUUAGGUAGACAUAAAUUAUCAACACGUUUUACUUCAAUCGUGAGAAUAUGUUCAGUGGGAUAUCCAAAUGAAGAACAAUUACAAACAAUCUAUGGAGCCUAUUUAAGACCAAUAUUUCAAGCACAAUUACAAAAUCAUCGUCUUUGGUCAAAUAGUGGAAAAAUACAUCAGUUAGCAUUAUCAAUGAUCCAUGUUUAUAAUGAAUUACGUUCUCGUUUUACUCAAGAUGAACAAAGUCAUUAUUUAUUUACUCCACGAGAUUUAACACGAUGGUGUUUAAGUUUUUUACGAUAUGAUUUUUCAUCGAUUGGUAAUGAUCAAUCAGCCGAUAGCAUCCUAGAAGUGUGGACAUAUGAAGCAUGCAGAUUGUUUAAAGAUCGACUUGUUGGAAACGAAGCACGUGCUAAAUUUGAUCAACUUAUUGAACAUAUAUUACGUAGUGAUUGGUCAUCAAAUGCAUUAAGCGCAUUGAAUGAUACUUAUUAUGUAUCAUGGUUGAAUAGUGGAACGAGACGAAUACUUCCACCAGCUGGUAAAAUGUUAUCAAAAUUAUCUAGUAAAGAUUUAAUUCCACUUGUUGAACGUGGCAUUGCACGAUUUCGUGCCGAUUAUCGUGAUAGUGAUGUAUUUAUAUUUCGUGAAGUAUUAGAAUCAAUGGCACGAUGUGAUCGUCAAUUAACCACACCUAGUGGUUCAUUAUUAUUAGCUGGACGAAGUGGUGUAGGCCGACGAACAGCUAUUGGCGUUGUUGCUGCCAUGAAUAAUAUGAAAUUAUUUUCUCCCAAAGUUGGUCGUAAUUAUGGUAUGAAACAAUUUAAAGCCGAUUUAAAAACGAUUAUUCAAAGUGCCGGAGUUGAUGGUGAACAAUGUAUAUUACUUAUGGAAGAUUAUCAAUUUAUUGAAACAACAUUUGUUGAAUUAAUAAAUAGUUUAUUAUCAGCUGGUGAAGUACCAGGAUUAUAUGCACCAGAUGAAUUUGAAACUAUUCUUGGACCAUUGAGAGAAGAAUCAGCACAAGAAGGUUUUAGAGGAACAAUGGUUCAAUAUUUUGCACAAAGAGUAAAAAUAAAUCUUCAUAUUGUUUUGGUAAUGGAUUUUACUCGACCUGAUUUUACGGUUAUUUGUCAGAGUAAUCCAGCUUUUUUCAAAGAAUGUGCCGUACAAUGGAUGGAAGGAUGGUCGAAAGAGUCAAUGUUAAAAAUUGUACCCUAUAUUUUAAAUACGGAUGAUACUAGUGCUGCUACUGGCAAGUCAAAAUCAACAGCUGUUAUUGAUGAAGAAUUAUUAAAAUCAUUUUACAUUAUCUAUAAAAAUAUUGAUCCAAAACAUUCGACACCAAAACGUUAUUUAACAUUUUUACAAACAUAUUGUACCGUUUAUUCAUCGAAAAAAGAAGGUAUUACAAAAAGACAACAACAUUUAAAAAGUGGUGUGUCAAAAUUAAAUGAAGCGAGAACAAUUGUUGAUGAUUUAAAAAACAAAGCAAAAGAUAAACAACAAGAAUUAGCAAUUAAACAACGAGAAGCUGAUAAUGCAUUGAGUGAUAUAACAAAAAGCAUGGCGGAUGCUGGUCAACAAAAAACGGAAAUGGAACAUUUAAAAGGCAAAGUAAAUGAAGAAACAGUUAUUAUUGAAAAACGUAAACGUGUUAUUGAUGAUGAAUUGGCUGAAACACAACCAUUAAUUGAUCAGGCAAAACAAGCUGUUGGUUCAAUUCGUCCAGAGACAUUAGUUGAAAUACGUUCAUUACGUGCACCACCAGAUGUAAUUAAAGAUAUUCUCGAAGGUGUCUUGAAAUUAAUGGGUGUACUCGAUACAUCAUGGACAUCAAUGAAAGCACGUGGUGUCAAAGAAGAUAUAUUAAAUUUUGAUCCAAGAAAUGUGACAAAAGAUAAUCGUGAUUCAGUUGAACAACUUCUAAGAAAAAAAGCUGAUUCAUUUACACCAGAAAAUGCAGCAAAAGCAUCACAAGUAGCUGCUCCGUUAGCGGCAUGGGUCUCAGCAAAUGUCAAAUAUUCAAAAGUAUUAGAAAAAAUUCGACCAUUAGAAGAUGAACAAGAUAAAUUGAAAAAAAAUUUAGAUCAUUCUACGAGAAAAAUGGAUGAAUUACGUAGCGAAUUAUCACAAGUAGAUAAUAAAGUGUCCACAUUACGUACAACAUUUGAACGUACAACGAAUGAUGCUCAACGUUUAAAAGUUGACUUAGAAAAGGCUCAAGAAACAAUUGAUGCUGCGCAGAAUUUAGUUGGAAAACUAGAAGGAGAAUAUUCAAGAUGGUCGGCACAAGUACAUGAAUUAGAAGGACAAUUGAAAACAUUACCAAAAUUAUGUUUGUUAUCAGCUGGAUUUAUUACCUAUUUGGCCGGUCAAUCAGAAGAUAUUCGAAUAAUAAAAAUGAAAAAAUGGAAAGAAGAAUUAAAUAUAACAGAAAAAUUUGAUUUUAGAAAAUUUUUAUCAACUGAAAGUGAACAACUGAUAUGGAAAAGUGCAGGAUUACCAUCCGAUGAUUUGUCAAUGGAAAAUGCUGUAGUUAUUCUAAGAUCUAAACUUUGUCCAUUUUUGGUUGAUCCAUCAUCUCGGGCCACCGAAUGGCUCAAAACACAUUUAAAAGAUAAAAAAGUAGAAGUCAUUAAUCAACAAGAUAGUAAUUUUACUACUCAACUUGAACUUGCUGUUAGAUUUGGUAAAACAUUAAUUGUACAAGAAGUUGAUGGUGUUGAACCCGUAUUAUAUCCAGUACUCAGACAAGAUUUAGCAGCGCAAGGACCACGUCAUGUUGUACAAAUUGGUGAAAAGACAAUUGAUUAUAAUCCUGAUUUUCGUAUCUAUUUAACUACUCGAAAUCCAAAUCCAGAAUUAUUGCCGGAUAUGGAAUCAAUUGUCAAUGAAGUUAAUUUUACAACGACCAGAGCUGGUUUAACUGGUCAAUUAUUGGCCACUGCUAUUCAACAUGAAAAACCAGAAUUAGAAGUACGAAAAACUGAUUUAUUACGUAAAGAAGAAGAAUUAAAAAUUGAAUUGGCAAAAUUAGAAGAUCAAUUAUUAGAAGAAUUAGCAAAUGCUAAAGGAAAUAUAUUAGAAAAUAAAGAAGUACUUUCAUCAUUAAAUAAAACAAAAGAAAAAGCAGCUACUAUACAAAGUGCACUCGAAGAAUCAUCACAACUUGGUGCCGCACUAGAUAAAGAACGAAAUGAUUAUAUAUCAUUAGCUGAACAUGGUAGUCAAUUAUAUUUUGUUAUAUCCGAUUUGUCAAAAGUAAAUAAUAUGUACAAAUUUAGUUUGGCAUCAUUUUUAAGAUUAUUUCAACGAAGUUUAGAACGAACAGAUAAAAAUUCAACUGACGAACGUAUAUCAUUAUUGACAAAGACAUUGUUGAAAAUGAUCUAUGCAUACAUAACACGUUCAUUAUUCAAAGCUGAUCGACUGAUGUUUGCUAUGCAUUUAGUGCAUGGCAUGUUUCCAAGAAAAUUUCUUGAAAAUGAAUUCGAACAUUUUAUUGGUUUAUCAUUGGCUGAUGUUAAAGAAACACGUUCAUUACCACAAUGGGUUAAUGAAGAACGAGCAUUUGAUGUUACCGCGCUAAAGACAAAUUUUCCUCAAUUUUUUUCUGACUUACGAUUGGAUGAUUCAUCAUGGGUAAAAUGGAAUUCAACAAAUGAAUGUGAAUUAUCAUUUCCAGAAGAUAAACGUUUGACACCAUUUCAACAAUUACUUGUUAUUCAAGCAUUUCGUCCUGAUCGUCUAGAAAGUGCUAUGCGUCAAUUUGUUUGUCAAUCAUUGCGUAUAAAUGACAUAUCACCUGAAACAUUAAAUCUAAAAAAAUUAUAUUCAAAAGAAACAAUUUCCACUGAACCAAUUUUAAUUGUCAUUUCUCCUGGUGCUGAUCCAUCGGCAGAAUUGAGAGAUUUAGCAACAGAAAUUGUUGGAAAAGAUAAAUACUCAGAGAUAGCCAUGGGUCAAGGACAAAUGAUAGUGGCAAUUGAUCUAUUAAAAAAAUGUUCCACUCAAGGAACAUGGCUAUGUCUUAAAAAUCUCCAUUUGGUUACAUCAUGGUUAUCAACAUUAGAAAAAGAAUUAAAUAUUUUGAAACCUCAUAAAGAUUUUCGUUUAUGGUUAACAUCUGAAGUACAUCCAAAAUUUCCAACUAUUCUACUACAGUCAAGUAUAAAAAUAACGUAUGAAGCACCACCUGGUAUUAAGAAAAAUUUAUUACGUACAUUUGAAAUAUGGACACCGGAAAUGUUUAGUCAUGGUAGUGUUACACGAUCACAAGCACUUUUCGCGUUAGCGUGGUUUCAUGCUAUUGUACAAGAACGACGAAAAUAUAUCCCACAAGGUUGGACAAAAUUUUAUGAAUUUUCUCAAGCUGAUUUACGCGCUGGUUAUGAAAUAAUCAAUAAUUUAUGUGAACAAGCUGUUAAGCGAAAUAACGGUGAAAUACAAUGGGAAUUUGUUCAUGGUUUGUUUGAUCAAGCCAUUUAUGGUGGACGAGUCGAUAAUCCAGUUGAUACUGAUGUAUUAAAAUCAUAUUUAACACAAUUUUUUAAUUCGGCUAUAUUUGGUGGUGCAAAGGGUUUAAAAAUAAAAUUUGGACCAGGCAUUAGUUUGCCAAAUUCGACUGAACAUGGUUCAUACAAAGAAAUAUGUGAUAAAUUAGAUGAUCAAGAUUUACCAAGUUCAUUUGGUUUACCAGCAAAUAUUGAAGGUUCAGCACAACGAAUAAAUAGUACACAGAUAAUCAAUUCGUUAAAAAUCUUGAUGAGAACUGAUGUGGAAGUAGAAAAGUUUGAUAAAGAAAAAUGGAGUAUAUUAUUGACUCCAUUAUUAAACUUAUGGAAAAAAUUAAAUCAGGAUUCUGAUUUAAUUAAAACCAAAGUAUCAUUACCAUCCGAAGAUGGUACAUCACCACCAAUCAAAUCAUUUUUACAAUUAGAACGUUACAAUGGUAUUCACCUUGUACAAAAUAUACAUGAAAACCUUGCCUCAUUAUCAAAAGUGAUUCGUGGUGUUAGUCUAAUAACAAACGAUAUUCAAGAAUUUGCAAAAGAUUUGUUACAACGAGAAGUUGGACAAUGGCAUUGGGGAACGCCACAAAUAUGGCAAGAACGUUGGGAAGGUCCAUCGGAUCCAAUGCAAUAUAUUCGCGCAGUUGUUGCACGGGCAAAAGCAAUGCAAACUUGGUCAUUAUCAAAAGAAAGUGAUCUCUUUCAACAUACAAUUAAUUUAUCUGAACUUUUUCGUCCUGAUACAUUUUUGAAUGCUUUACGACAACAAACAGCACGUGAGAGUAAAGUAUCUAUGGAUGAAUUAGCAUUGGUGGCGUCAUGGAGUAGUUCGGAUGGAAUUAAACAUGCCAAAAUACCGAUUAAAAUUGGUGGAUUACAACUAGAAGGUUGUUCGUUUGACGGAUCAAGAUUAGUUGAAAAUGCGCCCGAUUCACCAAGUGUCAGUGCGUUUCCUCCAUGUUAUAUUGCAUGGGUGCCAAAAGAUGUUUCCCAACAAGGUACUCGAGAAACAAUUUCGUUACCCGUAUAUUUUAAUUCUGAUCGUGAUAAAAUAGUGACACGUUUAAAUGUUCCGUGCGGAUCGGAUCAACAAAAAUGGCUUCAAUGUGGUGCCGCUUUAUUUUUGAAAAAUGUUUGA